CGCUUUUCUCCGCCAUUGUGGUUCAUGAGGUUUGUUCUUCUUCGCCAUGUCUUCUCACAAGACUUUCAGGAUCAAGAGGUUCCUGGCCAAGAAACAAAAGCAGAAUCGGCCCAUUCCUCAAUGGAUUCGGAUGAAAACUGGUAAUAAAAUCAGGUACAACUCCAAGAGGAGACAUUGGAGAAGAACCAAACUGGGUCUAUAAGGAAGGGCACAUCAGAGAUGUCUCAUAUUUACGCUCU